AUGUCCUGUGGUCACUGGCUUCUCCUCGCUACCGGUUCCCCAGCUGACACCAGAUCCCUCAUUGGGCCCAGUAGUGACGUGUGCUCUUCCUGUAGUUCCCUGGGGAAGCUCAACACUGACCCUGUGGUAGUCAGACUGUGCUGGAGUGUGACUGAACUCGCAGAGAAGGGAAACCAAGCGGCCGCCUCCAAACUGCUCCUGAAUCUGGUGAUGGAGAAGGGUUCUGGGGCACGAAGGGUGAUGUGGCAAUUCCUUGCGGAAAUACGUCAAACACAACCGAAACUGAGCAGAUUAUUGAAAGAGAUACUGGCUCAAGGUCAAGGCCAGUUCGCCUACAUGGACAAUGCAGGGCAAGGUUUAUCUGAAGUGCCCACUCACCUGAAAGAUGUUCAACGGCAACACAAGGAGACUCUGCGGGAACAGACUGAAACACUGAGCGUGAACACAAUCCUGAUGAAUGAGAAGGUUAAGAAUUUCCUGCUGCUUGAUCGAUACGCUGAGCUCACAAUCAUCUCCACUGUUCGAGAUCGGACACAGGUGGAACAUGAGCUGUUGGCAAGAGGUCGGGACCAUGAGGAGUGGCAAGAAAAACAUCUGCGGAGAGAACUGGAAAAAAUACGAAUUGAUCAAUUGUUCCAGAAAGGUUUCCUCAAGGAAAUGAAGAGAUUUUGGUCUGAGCACAAAGCUGGGAGUUCAGCAGCCGUGGCCGGAGUCCCGGGGAUCGGAAAAACAACAAUGGUUCUGUGA